UUAUUAUUGUCUGAUUAUACUCUUGAUUUGCAAAAUUCAAAAUUUUUUCAUCUUAAUCAGACAGUUAUUCAGGCUUUUGGAUUCAUUCAUUCAAAUUAUAUAUAUGAAUUAUGCGCAUUCUCAAAUAGAAGGAUAAUAAAAAAAUUCGAAUUUGAAUGAUUCGAAUCUUUGGAUGUUUGAAUUACCUUUGUAACAAGUGUCAUUUUAUGAAACAACUUUCAAUUCAAAUAUUACAAUUUACAUCACUAAUAUUGAUCAAAUUUAAACGUGAAAAUGUAUUUAAGAAGUGGUAAAAGUAAAAGAACAGCGCCAGAAUCAAAAAAAUCUUUCCAAAUAUUUGAAAUUGAACAAAAUAUCGAUGAAAUAUCUAGUGAUGAAUCAACUGGUAUCAACUCUGAAAAUGAAUCCUGUGAAUCAUCUAUGUCUUCAGAUUUGGAAGAAAGUAAUAUGACAGAAAGUGAUGGAGAAUCUACCGAAAUAGAUGAAUCAACAAAUGAAGAUGAAGAUGCAAAUGACGAUUGGUUGGACGUUGAAAAAAUACCCGAAAUAUUUGAUUUCAAUGGAUGUGAAGGUGUAAAACAAAAUUGGCCAUCAAAUAUUGCACCAUUCGAAGCAUUUUCAUUAAUUUUUGAUAAUGUUUUGGUAGAAAAAAUUGUCAAAUGGACGAAUCACAAAGCUAAAAUUCUUCGUUCAAGUCGUACAAGCCGACAAUCAACUAUGCGUAUGUGGAAAGACACUGACGCUCAAGAGAUGAAGAAAUUCUUAGGAGUGUGUAUCGUCAUGGGAAAUGUCAAAAUGCCAUCUUUGAGACAUUAUUGGGCCACUAACUUUAUAUAUAAUCAUCCGUUUUUCGGCAGAUUUAUCAGCCGCAAUCGAUUUGAAGCAAUACUACGUUGUUUAUCAUUUUAUGAUAAUACCGAUGAUACAUCCAACAGAUUACAUAAAAUCAAAAAUGUUGUUGAACAUAUUGUGACUAACAUCCAAGAAAUAUAUUCUCCAGGCCGGAAUUUAUCAUUGGAUGAAGCAUUGCUUCUUUGGCGUGGACGAUUAUUUUUCCGCCAAUAUAUUCCAAACAAAGCUGCAAAGUACGGAAUCAAAUUGUAUGAAUUAUCAACACCAAACGGUUUCAUUUUGAACAUAUUAAUCUACGAAGGAAAAGGAACAGUAUACAAUCAAAGUUCGAGUCAUGCACAUGGUGUGGUUCAAAAAUUAAUGGAUCCAUAUUUAAAUAAAGGUCAUGUCGUUUAUAUUGAUAAUUUUUAUACAAGUGUAAAUUUGGCUGAAUCACUACUGCAACAAAAGACUCAUAUUGUAGGCACUUUGCGGAAGAACAGAAAAUUCAACCCAAAGGAAGUGAUCAAUAAAAAACUUGCAAAAGGUGAAUCAGUCUGGAAACGCAAAGGAAAUGUUGUUGUCGGCAAAUGGAAGGACAAACGGGAAGUUUGUAUGAUUUCCACAUAUCAUGAAUUCAAAAUGGUGAAUUGGAAAAAUAGCCGUGGCAUUGAAUCCAUGAAACCAAACAUCAUUAUUGAUUAUAAUCAAUUCAUGGCCGGUGUUGAUAGAGCAGAUCAAAUGAUGUCUUAUUAUUCAACACCACGAAAAACAGUUAGAUGGUACAUCAAAUUGUUUUUCCAUUUAUUUGACAUGUGUAUUUGGAAUAGCAUGAUCAUAUUUAAAAAAGUCACUGGUAAAAAAAUCUCAUAUCUUAAUUUUAGAGAUGAACUGACUAAAUCUUUACUCGAAUCCAAUCAAAAUACAAGCAAUGAUAACAUGUUUGCUUCACAUUAUUUAAAAAAAAUCAGUAAACGUGUACGCUGUCGCAACUGUUCAAAAAAUAGAAAGCGUAAAUUAACAUCUUAUAUUUGUAAUGGUUGUAGCAGUUCAAACAAAACUAUCGGACUCUGUCCAACUUGUUCAAUAUCUUCAUAA